AUGGUCAACUUGUGUGGUGCUGAAGGAUUUCUUAACCCCAGACCAAUUCAUUGCUCAGACCCAAUCGCGACUUUCGAAAAUAAUAGCUAUGGAUAUUUGAAUGAGCUUUGUUUUAAAAAUGUUAUCAUGAGCGCCAAAGAAGAACGCGGUUUUCACCUUCUUUCAUCAUUUUGGUACUUGUGUAACAAAGAAGCUCCCAAGAACAAUUUUUACUAUGCCUUGAAUUUUUGUGCUGAUGCUUUACAAGAAGAAGGUAUAAAAUACCAGCGUCGAUUGUGCAUUCGCAAUAGUGUUUUAUUUGCCAUCGAAGAUGUGCAAGACUCAAUUGCAUCUGCUUCAAAGGUACGCUCUCUCCUAUGUACCGGUCCAUAUCAUCAAUAUCCAGUACCAUUGUGUUUGGACGAUUUAAGGCUGCUCAGGGUAUUUCACGCUCGUAGUAUCAGAUUCUAUGAGUUCCCAAUGGAAGUGAUGAAACUAGUACAACUAAGAUACCUUGCCCUCGUUUACAAUGGAAACCUCCCUCCUUCCAUUUCCAAACUCUUGAACCUUCAGUGCUUGAUUGUUGAUCGACAUCUAAGCAUCGUAAAAUCUUGUGGGAAUUUAUUGCCUAUUGAAAUAUGGAAUAUGAAAGAAUUGAAGUAUCUUCAAACUACGGGAAGAGACCUACCACAUCCUUGUGACGAAGGAUCUGUUUUACCAAACCUCUUAGAACUUACUCGUGCAACUCAUCAAAGUUGUAACAAAGAUGUUCUUGAAAGAAUCCCUAAUCUAGAAAUUUUGGAUAUUCAAAUCGAAUUGGCUCUUGAUGCUUUUGAACCCUUGAGUUGCUUUGAUCAUAUUUCAUGUCUCCGUCGACUAACAUUACUAAAAUGUGUCGUUGUGAAUCCGAUAUUCAAGGCUGAGGUUGUAAUUGCCCCAUUUGUUCCUCUUUCAGACUUCCCGUCAAGUCUAACAAAGUUAAUUUUGAAAGGCUUGGGAUAUCCGUGGGAAGAAUUGAGAAAGAUUUCUUCAUUGCCAAAUCUUGUAUUUCUCUUGUUGGAAUGCUAUGCCUUUCGAGGGCCAAAGUGGGAAGUUCGUGACAACGAAUUCCAAAAGCUUUCACAUCUUCAUAUUGAAGACACUGAUCUGGAGCAAUGGAAGUUUGUGGCAUCGGAGAAUUCAUGCCUCCCUAUGAUAUAUUCUAUUAAAAUCUUACAUUGCUACAAGUUAAAAGAGAUCCCUCUCACAUUCGGAAGAUUUCUUGAAAAGAUUGAUUUAGUUGACUGCAACCCUAUGGCUGAGAAAUGUGCAAACACAUUAAAAAAGAAGUGGGACGACAAAUAUGGCGUUCAUGGACGCCGUCCGUUACUUCUUGAUGUUCGUUCUUCACUGUAA